AAAGCGGCGGUGACUCAAGAGCUACCCAAUAAAUGCUUGCAGGCAGCGCAUGUUUGACAGUAUCUAAACCAAGCAAGAUAAACUCUAAUUUAUUUAAUAAUAUAAACUUUCUUACGCACAGUGGAGUCUGUCAGCCAGGACAUUUUACUUUGGAAGAUUAAAAUAUGGCAAGAACGAACACGUUUCUUUGCUUGGGACUUUUUCUCUCGGUUUUUGGGAUUGGCAACGUCUCAGGAGACGAUUACUUGCCGAAGGCAAAAGACAUUACCUGGUCCUCCCACAAUUUUAAGACAUUGCUAUCAUGGAAUCCCAUACCUACAAAUCACUCUUAUACCGUGGAAUUAUAUGGCACUGGCUCGGAAGGAGAGAGGAAUCCUAACUGUAUCCAGAGCUUGAGUACGGAGUGUGAUCUGACUAAGCUGUUUACGGAGUUGAAGCACACGUACUACGCCGAUGUCUUGUCAGAGACUUUGCCUGGAUUUACCGUCGACCUGGUGGAGUUUCCGUACACCAGAUCCGAAAAUUUUUGCCCGUACACUGACACUUUAAUUGGCAGACCCGACUUCGAGAUCAAAGUCAGCGAGGAGGAAUCCAGCAUAACGCUGCAUAUCAUCGAUCCACUGUCAGCGAUUUACCAUGCAGAAAGAUUGUUAAACAUGAGGGAUAUCUUUAAGGAGGACCUCAAGUACAGAGUCAUAUACAGAAAAGCAAAGAGUACUGGAAGAAGAAUUGAAACAACUGAAACCAAUCAUAUUGAGCUAAAGGUGGACAGAGGAGAGAGCUACUGCUUCAACGUGCAGGCUUACAUCCCCUCUCGGAGCAGAGAUAAGCAGCUGGGAGAUCUCAGCCAUGUGAAGUGCUCUGAGGCCAGGCAGACUUCCAUCAUCGAUGAAUAUGGGAUUCCAGUGCUUGCAGGUGCCUGCUUCAUAAUCUUGCUCCUCAUCAUUGCCAUCUUCGCUAUGAUCAUGGCGUGCUGUAAAUGCUGCAGAAGAGCUAAAGAAGAGGAAAAAGACAAACCCUUGGAGCUGAUCUGAGGACCGUGGGAGAACCGGACUAUUGGAAUGCCAGCACUGAUCAAGCACUGAAUUAUUGUAUUUGGUUUCUGCGAAACUCUGUGUUAACAUUUUAUCUGUGUCUCACGUUUUCAAAUGAUCUUUUUUUCACAUGGUCAGUCGAUACUUUUAAAUUAACUUUGACUCACUUAUUACCCUAUUUUUCAAGAUUUUUGUAAAGCACUUGUUCAUUCCCAUAAUGGUUAUUUAUGAAUCAGUACGGUAAAUCAUAGGAACACUAACUUAGAUGUAAAUUUGUAUAUUUCUAAUUAUUUAUUUAUUUGUUAAUAUUAAAAUAGAAAUGUGUGUAUAUUUUGAUAUUUUUAAAAUUCCGUAGUAGAUUUUUUUUGAUCAUUUUCUAUUAAAUUUUAUAUUACAUUUUUUAAAUAUUAA